CAGUCAACUUCAAUUCUUUAGUUCUUUAUCUUUCUUGAAAUAAAUGGAUGUUUAUUUGUCAUUUUUUGCUAACACAUUUUUGUUUCCUCCUAGAGCCAACUAGGUUAAAUUUGCCCAUAUUGCAGUGCUAUCACUCUUUCCUUGUAUCUUUCAUUACCAUGAUUCCAUGAAUGUUUCUGCAAACAUAAUUAUCAGUUUUGCAACUUGAAAUCUGGAAUCAAAGGGCCAAUCCUGAUUUGCAGAAGCUACAAUACUCACAUAAACACCUCAUUUCAAUUCAACCCUUGAACUAGCUACUGAAAAGAUGGUGUCCUAUCAGGCCAUGAACAUUCCUUCAACGAGCCAAUUUGCCCCCACGAGGAUGGGUUUGUAUGAGCCUUUCCACCCGAUGAGAAUGUGGGAGGAGACACUGAGAGGUGAUAUGAUCCCCAGCACAGGUGGAUGUAUGGUCACACAGGCAAAUGAAAGGACAGAUGAUAAUAAGUUCGAUUACAAGUAUAACGAAUCUGCAAUACCUUCUCCCUCAGGGGAUAAUCAGGCAGGAAAGGGCCUUACAGAUAAGGCACAAAGGCGUUUAGCGCAGAACCGUGAAGCUGCUAGAAAAAGUCGUUUGAGGAAAAAGGCUUAUGUUCAGCAACUGGAAACGAGCCGUUUGAAGUUAGCACAGCUUGAAUUGGAGCUCGAGAAAGCCAGGCAACAGGGAAUAUGUAUGUUUGGUGCGAGUAGUAGCAUAGGGCUAUGCGCGACAUUAAAUCCAGGAAUUGCUGCAUUCGAGCUGGAUUAUACUAACUGGAUCGAAGAGCAUCAGAAGAAAACCUCGGAGCUCAGAAACAUUCUGCAGGCCCCGACGAAUGAUAUGGAACUGGAGGUGCUAGUGCAGAGUGUCUUAAGCCACUACUGUGAUCUCUUCCGGAUGAAAGUUGAAGUGGCAAAAGCUGAUGUCUUCUACUUGAUAUCCGGAGCAUGGAGAACUCCAGUCGAGCGCUUUUAUCUCUGGAUUGGAGGAUUCCGGCCAUCAGAAAUGAUAAAAGUGGUACUGCCACAACUCGGGCAAUUGUCUGAACAACAACGCUUGAAUGUUAAUAACCUGCGACAUUGCUGCCAACAGGCCGAGGAUGCUCUCACCCAAGGAAUGGAUAAACUCCAGCAGACUCUCUCCCAAAACAUGACACUUAUAACCACUGGAGCAGGAACUUACAGCACUCAGAUGGCAUCUGCCAUCGAGAAGUUAGAAGCACUGGAAAGUUUUGUCAACCAGGCGGAUCACCUUCGGCAGCAGACACUGCUGCAGAUGUCUCGCAUUCUAACGACCCACCAGGCAGCUCGGGGCCUGCUUGCAUUUGGGGAGUAUUUUCAGCGCCUCCGCAGUCUAAGUUCACUCUGGGCAGCUCGCCCUCGCGAAACUACGCUUGACUGCUGUUGAACUCUACUCAAGCUGCCAUACGUCUGUAGUUUAUGUAUGCUGCUUUCUUCUGCUGCGCUGGUAAUGUAUGGGAUGUAUAUAUAUAUAUAUAUAUAUAUAUAUAUAUAUAUAUGUUGUGAGAGAGAAUGUAAUUUUAACCAUAUAUAUAUGCAUGAUGGAUUUGAAUUUAUCAUGUGAAUAUAGUCAAGAGGAAGUAUCAAGAUCACAGAUCUUGUAUAAGUAGUCUCCUUAGGCCUACAAUAAUUAUCUUUAGUAUCAUUUGCAGAGAUCAAAUAUAAUCGUGUUUAA